AUGGGACAAGCCCUGGGUAUCAAGAGCUGUGACUUUCAAGCAGCCAAAAAUAAUGAGGAGCAUCACACCAGGGACAUCAGCUCCCAGCACCUCUUUGUGCGGAGGGGGCAGUCCUUCAUCAUCACCCUCAACUUCCGUGCCCCAGUCCACACGUUUCUGCCCACUCUGAAGAAAGUGGCCCUCAUUGCACAAACUGGAGACCAGCCUUCCAAGACCAACAAAACCAGAGCUAUAUUUCCAAUUUCCUCCCUGGGGGACCAAAAAGGGUGGAGUGCAAGGGUGGAGGAGAGAGGUGCCCAGUACUGGACCAUUUCUGUGACCACACCUGCGGAUGCUGUCAUCGGCUACUAUUCACUCCUGCUACGGGUUUCAGGCAGGAGGCAAUACACCUUGGGCCAAUUCACACUGCUCUUUAAUCCCUGGAAUAGAGAGGACGCUGUAUUUCUGCAGAAUGAGGCUCAGCGCAGGGAGUACUUGUUGAACCAGAAUGGCCUUAUCUACCUGGGCACAGCGAACUGCAUCCAGGAAGAGCCCUGGGACUUUGGUCAGUUUGAGAGAAACAUCAUGGACCUCAGCCUGGACUUACUGAGUGUGGACAAGCAUGUAGAAGAGUGGAACCAGCCUGUGCAUGUGGCCUGCGUGUUGGGCACCUUGCUGCAUGCUCUCAAGAAGAAGAGUAUCCUGCCCACCCCACAGUCCCAAGAUACCCAGGAAGAGACCUUGUUGUACAAGCGACGGGGCAGUGCACCUAUCCUGCGACAGUGGCUCACUGGCCAAGGGCGACCCGUGUAUGAGGGUCAGGCCUGGGUGCUGGCUGCUGUUGCUUGCACAGUGCUACGCUGCCUGGGAAUCCCAGCCCGGGUUGUGACCACAUUUGCCUCUGCCCAGGGCACUGCUGGAGGCCUGCUGGUGAAUGAGUACUACAACGAGGAGGGACUCCAGAAUGGAGAAAGCCAGAGAGGCCGCAUCUGGAUCUUCCAGACAUCUGUAGAAUGCUGGAUGAACAGGCCUGAUUUGUCCCAGGAUUAUGAUGGAUGGCAGAUUCUGUACUCAAGAGCUUCAAGUAGAGGUGGAGUCCUGGGAUCCUGUGAUCUGAUCCCAGUCAGAGCAGUCAAGGAGGGGGAUCUGCAGCUGGCCCCUGCAGUAUCAGACCUCUUUGCUGCAGUAAACGCUUCAUGUGUGGUCUGGAAAUGCUGUGAGGAUGGGAAACUGGAGUUGACCAACUCCAACACAAAGUAUGUUGGCAACAACAUCAGCACCAAGGGUGUGGGCAGUGACCGCUGUGAGGACAUCACUCAGAACUACAAGUAUCCUGAAGGAUCUCUUCAAGAAAAAGAAGUGCUGGAGAGAGUCUGGAAAGAGAAAAUGAAACACAUGAAAGACAAUGGUGUUCGGCCUCCCAGUUGUGAGCCAGCUGAUCCUCUAUACCUGUUCUUAGAAGCCCCCAGCUCCUUCCCCCUCGGAGGAGAUGGCCAGCUCUCAGUGACCCUGGCUAACCCUACAGACCAGGAGAAGGAGGUGCACCUGGCAAUUGGGGCCCAGGCUAUGUAUUACAAUGGAGUCCUUGCUGCAGAGCUCUGGAGGCAGAAGCGGUCCUUGAGGCUAAGAGCCAACCAGGCUUUAAGAAUAACCACCAGCCUGUCCUCCUCCUAUUUUGAGCGAACCCCACCAGAGAACAGCUUUCUCAGACUCACAGCAAUGGCAACACAUUCCGACUCCAGCCUCAGCUGCUUUGCUCAGGAAGACAUGGCUAUUUGUAGACCACACCUUGCUAUCGAGAUGCCAGAGACAACAAAACAGUAUCAACCUCUUACAGUCUUAGUUAGCAUCCAUAACUCCCUAGAUUCCCCCAUGAAGAACUGCACCAUCUCCAUUUUCGGAAGGGGGCUCGUUUAUAGAGAGAGGAGAUACAGAUUAGGUUCUGUGUGGCCAGGAACCAUCUUGUGUACCCAGUUCCAGUUCACACCAACACAUCUGGGGCUCCAGAGGCUCACUGUGGAAGUUGAUUGUGACAUGUUCCAGAAUCUAACCAGCCACAGAAGUGUCACUGUGGUAGCCCCUGAAUUUGCAUCUUAAACUUGCAGUUUAGUCACCACUGUCCCCAAACAACCUGUGAAACCACAUUCUAAAACAGACAUGUUCUCCAGAGGGAAACUC